GCCCAGCCUGCUGCGCCGCCGCCCAGCGGCUCUGGCUCGCUCGACGCGGACGGAGGCGGCCACGAUCUACGCACGUAUUUCGGGUACCGCGUCUGCCUGAAGUGCUACCAGCACGCGAAGGAGGUGAAGGGCAAGCACAGGGGGCUCGGCAUGGCCUGUGCCCCGGCGCUCAAGCCCAGCGCCCAG